AUGGCAAACCAGCCCCCCACCGGCCGUCGACCCUGGUUCCGGCUGGCGUCCCAGGUCCUAAGGGAGUCGACAGCGCCGCUUCAACCUGUCCAGACUCCCCUCGUAAGGCAACCUGGUGCAGUACUUCCGCCACAGUCUCAGCCCCCACCGGUGCAACCACAGCCACAGGCACCAAGACCACCAUCACCAGCCCAGCCCCAGCCUCCGCGUGAGCCCACACCACCGCCGCCGCCACCGCCGCCGGCGGCGGCAGCCCAACCCUCCGUAACUCCUCCGCAAGCGGAAUCAACAGAGCCUGCAUCGCCGUCUGGCGUGCCACCCAAACAACCAUCCUCGCCUCCACCACCCCUCAGGCCCAUAAAAACCUCCCGAUCCCCUCCUCCCCAGUCUCCCAAGGUCAAGUCUCCCUCCCCAAUACCCUCCCCGUCCCCUAGGUACGACUCUGGUGACCGCACUCUAAAACCGAGUCCAGAGCCUGAACUGAAGACCAUACCAGAAGCCCAGCCAAAGAGCACCACCAACAACGACAAAGGAGAGCCAUACAAGAAUGCCCGCAACGGCGAGCCGAAGCGUGGCACAUCUCAGGCUGACACGAGAGCCCCCCCUCCUUCCCCUAAGAGGGAAGCCAAGAAGAAAGAUGAGGGUGACAUGAGAAUGAUUACCAUUGCAGGAGACAACAUGGGGGCCUCCAUGGAUCUGGGUCCUCUUUACAGCAGAAAGCAGCAGCAGCAGAAGAGCAAUGCCAGCCUCCCCAAAAGAGGCCAGGCGAGUGAUUCUGCGACUGACGAUGGAAAAUCCAGUGACAAGAACGGAGCCAGAGCAGCAGCAAAGGCGAAGCCCAUAACCUCUCUGGUGAACGGCAACGUGCAGGGCGUCAACAAUUCCAUCGUCUUCAACAGCACCUAUUCCUAUCGCAGCCCCGGCGUGCACAUCGCCCUCAGUAGCCACCGCAACCCCAAGAGCAAGGCUCAUCCACCUCCCCAAUGA